AUGAGCCUCCUUACACGAAAGAUAUACAGUGCAAGAAGCUGGAAGCGGUUUGCAGUUUUAUCUCUUUCCACAUUGGUUUGUUUCUACGUUUUCCAGCUGGCAAAUGAGAAAGUUUCACUGAGGAUACCGCGAUAUUCAGCUGAGACCGGCCUUUCCACGGUGAUAGGAGAUGAAACACCAACGGAAAGCCCGGCUGCCGCUGAAGCAUGUGCUGCAUUGUUCCAAUCGUUUUUACGCCAAGGUAGUGGCUGGGGUAUGAGAAGCUUCAGCGACAGAAAAUCAAUAUUUUUUUCGAGACGCCGAGUGAUUCAAUCCGUUAAGUACUUGAGACUGUAUGGCCAUUGUUUUGUGACAAACCUAGCACCUUUUGAUGGGAUUGACUACGAGGAACUUGACAGCAGACUGUUUCCAAUCUUUACUCGCGAACUUCCAGUCUUUACCAGAUGGGAUGACACAAGGGAAGAUGAGGCUACAUCAGUAAACGAACAAGAGAAUGUUAAACUCGAAGGUUCUGAUUUGAACCAAACUUUGAAGCUGCCAUUUUGGCGACGAGCCAAAGAUUCCAUGAAGGACAGAGGUAUAGUAAUAAGUUUCGGUGAGGGCGGUGUUAGCGAAGUUAAAAUGCUAUUAAAUGUAUUAAGACUAUUAGGAAACAAACUACCAAUCCAACUUGUGCAUAAGGGGGACGUUUCCGCUGAAGCAAUGCAAAGCAUAAGCUAUGUUGCAAGAAAUGAUGUCACUAAAGAUGCUGAAACAAAUACACACGGCUUUGACUUGCCCCAGGAAAUAUGGUUUGUGAAUGCAAAAAGAGGUAUUAAAAAUGGGCACCACGAUCUCUUUAAGCGCUUCUCUAACAAAUGGAUAGCGUCACUCUUUAACUCUUUUGACGAAAUGAUUUUGAUGGACUCCGACGCAGUCCCAUUUAUGAACCCAGAAAGGUUUUUCGACUUGGUUGGGUAUCAAGAAACUGGCGCAUUCUUCUUCAAGGAUAGAUUAAUUGACGAAUAUCUCAAAACCAGUGACUUGAAAUUUUACAAGAAAUUAUUACCUACAGAAGAAGAAAGCAAGGUCUUUGGGAUCCCAUCAUCAACCGAAAAAACCACACAAAACGACUUUUUUAAAGCGGGCUACAAACACCUAAUGGAGAGCGGAGUAGUUGUUAUAAAAAGAAGUGACCAUCUCCCUGGCCUAUUGAUUUCAACUGCUUUACAACUCUGGAAAGAGACAAGUGAGCCAGUAUAUGGCGACAAGGAGCUUUUUUGGCUGGGCCAAUCUAUAUCAGGAAAUGAAAAUUAUCGAUUCAACAAAAACGCAGCUGGGGCCUUAGGCAUUUUGAACAGAGACGAAAAAAGGGCUCUUAACUAUACCUGUUCCACACAACUUGCUCACUUUGAUGAAAAACUACGCCUUCUCUGGAUUAACGGAGGCCUUAGGAACUGUAAAAAACCAUCAUGGUAUUUCGAUUUUGGAAAACAAAAAUCGCUUAGACGCAAAUUCAAGUCCCCCGCUGAAUUAGAAGAUUAUUUUAAGGCUCCUAUAGAUGUUGAUGGCGCAGUAAUACCCGCACGCUCUAAAAAUUCUCUAUAUCAAAACCUAAGAGGAAAAAAGGCAGGAUUUGAAAAGUGCCCAAAGAUGGGGUGUGAUGGCGCUUUUUGGUCCGCUUUUGAUAGCCUAAAUAGCUAUGGAGGGGAAACAAUUCGGUUCAAUCCUAGUUUUAUCAAAGAAAUCGGUCAAGUUAUUCAUAGUUGGAAUCUGGAAUAUUCAUAA